UCUAUCUUUAUAUCCAUCCCUAUCCAUCUAUCUACCUAUUUAUCCACUUGUAUAUGGACUUAUCUAUCUCCAUUGCGAUUUCUGUGUCAUACAUCACUACACUCUUCCAAUUUUAUCUACUUCAGACAGUGCAAUUCGAUCAAGCGUACAAUAUAAUAUCGUGGAACAGAUGGUUCUUGUCCACUCUGGGCAUAUGGCCUAUGAAGAUAAAUUGGCCACUGUUCGUAUUCUUCUGCAGCUACACAGUGAUACAUUGCAGCAUGGGAGCGGCUCAUCUGAUCAAGUAUUUCAGUCAGCCGGAAUACAUCGUCGCCAAUUUGACAGAAAAUGUUCUGUUCGUGAUGAUAGUCGGCAAGAUGCUCAUAUGCCAGCGAAGCCGAGGGAUAAUGAUCGAAUUUCUGAACGCUAUUCAGUCAGAUUUCUUGAUAAAGAAUUACAGCAGCAUACGGGAGAAGACGUUGUAUCUGCGUUACAACGAGUUUGCGCUCAUAUUCAUCAAGGUGUCGAUAGGCUUGGCUGGACUCGCGGCCUCGUUGUACUUCAUCGAGCGGUUUUUUGAUAGCUGGAGCGCGAUAUCUUCUCAUAAUGCUUCGUAUCAAUUACCGUAUCAGACCUAUCCGUUCUUCGAGAUCCAGGACAUGACUACCUACUUCUGCUUGUGCGCCUAUCAGGCGAUCGCCGUGCCGGUGAUAGUCUGCGGCUAUUCCGCACCAGACUCCUUUGUACUCAGCAUGGCCCUUCACAUUUGUGGCCAACUCGCCGUCCUGUCGAGCAAAAUUGAAGAUUUAUUGAAAGAUCACGUGAAUUAUAAUCGUCAUAUUGGUACCAUCGUGUUGAGGCAUCGUAAGUUAAUAACAUUAGCAGACAUCUUGGAAAACAAUUUCAAUAUGAUAUUUCUUCAGCAAACUCUGGGCACUGUUUUCUUGCUCUGUUUAACUACGUAUCACACGCUCGCGAAUUCGGAAUAUGGCGACAACACUACCACUGUGAUUUUUAUGUUAUACACAUGCUGCGUGGUCAGUACGAUUCUCGCGUACUGCUAUAUAGGAGAGUGUCUCAUUACCGAGAGCGCCAAAUUGCGCGACACUUUUUACAACACCGACUGGUACAAUAAUCCACCAUCGUACGCAAAAAUGCUCAGCUUUUGCAUGACCCGAUCUGAGAAACCGCUGGUGUUGACUGUCGGCAAAUUUUGCAUGUUAUCGUUGAGCACAUUCACGAACAUAGUGAAAACUUCGAUGGGGUACUUGUCCAUGUUGCGCCAUUUCCUGUGAGAAGCCUUCAAUUUGAAAUAUCUUGCGUCCACCUCCCGUCUCGAUAUAUCGGGGAAAUGUUGAUAUGUCAGGGAAUAUGUUGAUUAAAAUGUAUUUACGGGGCGAUACACACACACAAAUGUAUAAACAAUGAGAUCCUUAACUAUACAAAUAAUUUUUGAACUUACCAGUGUCAAAUAAAUAUCUUAUAUCGAUAAUAUCAAUAAUAUCAAUAAUAUCAAUAACCUUCAAGAUAAGUCUAUGCGCUCAACUUCUCGUAUAAUGAAAGAUAACGAA